UAGAGUGCGGCGCUGCCGCCGAGUCCCGGGCAGAGCGGCAGGCGGGUGGCAGGGGGGAGCUGCGGCUGCAGGGCUCAGGGGAGGGUGUGCAGGACUUCAGCCUCCCAGGGGUGGCCUUUGCCUAGUCCUGGGCUAGGUGCGAGCGGUGGCGAGGCGGCAGCCCCGCGCACACCAAAGAGGAGGCGGCAGCGGCGGCCCCAGCCAUGCUGUGCUAUGUAACGAGGCCGGACGCGGUGCUGAUGGAGGUGGAGGUGGAGGCGAAAGCCAACGGCGAGGACUGCCUCAACCAGGUGUGCAGGCGAUUGGGCAUCAUAGAAGUUGACUAUUUUGGACUGCAGUUUACAGGUAGCAAAGGUGAAAGUUUAUGGCUUAAUCUGAGAAACCGGAUCUCCCAGCAGAUGGAUGGGCUAGCCCCUUACCGGCUUAAACUGAGAGUCAAGUUCUUUGUGGAGCCUCACCUCAUCUUACAGGAGCAGACUAGGCAUAUCUUUUUCUUGCACAUAAAGGAGGCUCUCUUGGCCGGCCACCUCCAGUGCUCCCCAGAGCAGGCCGUGGAACUCAAUGCUCUCCUGGCCCAGACCAAAUUUGGAGACUACAACCAGAACACUGCCAAGUACAACUAUGAGGAGCUGUGUGCCAAGGAGCUCUCCAGCGCCACCUUGAACAGCAUUAUCGCGAAGCAUAAGGAGUUGGAGGGGACCAGCCAGGCUUCCGCCGAAUACCAGGUUUUGCAGAUUGUGUCGGCCAUGGAGAACUACGGCGUAGAAUGGCAUUCUGUGCGUAACAGCGAGGGGCAGAGACUCCUCAUUGGUGUCGGACCUGAAGGAAUCUCCAUCUGCACAGACGACUUCAGCCCAAUUAACAGGAUCGCAUACCCUGUGGUGCAGAUGGCCACCCAGUCAGGAAAGAACGUGUACUUGACAGUCACCAAGGAGUCGGGGAACAGUAUCGUGCUUUUGUUUAAAAUGAUCAGCACCAGGGCAGCCAGUGGGCUCUACCGAGCUGUCACCGAAACGCAUGCCUUCUACAGGUGCGACACGGUGACCAGUGCUGUCAUGAUGCAGUACAGCCGAGACCUCAAGGGCCACCUGGCAUCAUUGUUUCUGAAUGAAAAUAUUAACCUCGGCAAGAAGUAUGUCUUUGAUAUCAAAAGAACAUCCAAGGAGGUCUAUGACCAUGCCCGGAGGGCUCUUUAUAAUGCUGGCGUUGUGGACCUGGUUUCGAGGAGCGACCACAGCCCCCCAAGCUCCCCGCUGAAGUCCUCAGAAAGCAGCAUGAACUGCAGCAGCUGCGAGGGCCUCAGCUGCCAGCACACCCGCGCGCUGCAGGAGAAGUUGCGCAAGCUGAAGGAGGCCAUGCUGUGCAUGGUGUGCUGCGGGAAGGAGAUCAACUCCACCUUCUGCCCCUGCGGCCACACCGUGUGCUGUGAGAGCUGUGCUGCCCAGCUACAGUCCUGUCCGGUCUGCAGAUCGCAUGUAGAACAUGUUCAGCACGUCUACCUUCCAACCCACCCUAGUCUUCUCAAUCUAACUGUAAUCUAAUCUGUUGUGCGUUUAUCUGACUUACCAUGUUGCCAUGAACUACACUAUUAUGAACUAUAAAAAUAAUCGAUUGUGGAGAAGAGAAUUACUCCAACACCCAUUUGCCAUGUGAAGUUUAAAAAAGAAUACAGCUACUCCUUGCUGCAAAAACACAUCCAUGCGUAGAAGCAACAACUCCAGUCAUGGUGGCCAGGAAGAGCUCUGGGACACAGACACAUUCCUAGGACUUUUUUUUUUCUGUAAUGAUGAGGUGAACGAAUAGAUAAAAUCAUCUCUGAUGUCAAUUAAGUGGUAGUAGAGCCAAAAAGUGAGUACCUUUUAAGAAGCUAUGUUGUAAAUCCGCUUAAUGUACCCCAAGGUAAGUUUCCUACCUGCAGCAAAUUUUGUAAGAAUUAGUUUUAAGAAUUUACUGGGUUCUUUUUGUAUGGUCAUGGAGCUCUGAAUGUUUUUAAUAGGAACAUUUUUCUUAAAAGAAACAGUCAUUGUUUUAAUGUUACUUCUGUUUUAAUAACUUUGUUCAAGAAUGAUUGGAAGGUACACAGAUUUAAAAACAAAUUCGGUGACUUUUACAAAGCUGACAACAGAGUUGUUAGGUUUCAAUCAGUCUGGCUAGUAGAAGACAACGUGAGUGGCUUCCUAUGCCUUUCUCCUCCCUCUGUCCCCCGACCAACCUUUCAAUUAUAAAAUGCUACCAAUUUGGUAUGGAGAUUUCUGUGGAAUAGUCAAACACUCCUUGGAACUCCUUGAUUUGGUGGAAUAGCUUACUUUAAGAUUGAAAUGGGAGAACGUUUUCCUUGGGAAGGGAAACCAUUGCUCACUUGGAGAUGGAGCUUCCUGGUGUACAAACGAUGGUAGUUCAUUUCUCCCGAGCACUCUACUCCAGCCUCAUCCAUCGGUGUCGCUUUAGCUUGAACUCUCAAGCCUUUUAUAGCCUUAUCUUAAGUAUCCUAGACAUUGUAUACUUUUUUUUUUUUUUUGGUUAAAUGCUUAAUAUUAACUUUUGGUUAUCCUGUCUGUGUGUUUUGGAAGGGUUUCAGUUCUUUUUCUUUCUGUAUUCUUACAUGUUUUCUACUCCCACUUGGGCAUUUUGGACGCUGGUCAGCUAAUAGGUUUUCUGGGAUGUAGGGAAACCUAGAUGACCUUAUCGGGUGCAAUACUAGCUAAGUUAAAGCUAGAAACCUACACUGUCACUUUACUGAGAUUUCUGAGUAUACUUUUCAUAUUGCCUUAAAGUAGCAGUAAUGUGUUUAUGCAUUUGUUUCUUUGCACAGACAUUUUGUCAAAUAUUAAAACUCUACUUUUUUAUGGCACAUAUUAGCAUAUAAGCCUUUAUUCCAAGAGGUAUUUAUUUUUUCACUUGUAAAAAAAAUAAUGUUUCCACAUAAAGAACUCUGUUAUAUCCUAGAGAACCUCUGUCUUUUAUAUUCAGGAUAAUAAAGACUUUAAAGCAAAUGUGGUGUUUGUAUUGUUACAGUUAUUGUUACCUAAGCCAGUAUUAUUCAUGGCUGGUAUCUAAUUUGGUCCAACACAUAAGAUUUUAAAUGUUUAGGGAAUUUGGGUCUAAUCGAGUAGAACAUUUUACCCAGUUAUCACUCGCCUAUGUUUUUUUGGUUGUAAGAUUGGAAUGUAAGUGAAAAUGGGGUAACAUACAUGAGCAGAUGAAAAGUAAAAAUUGGGAAAAGUACAGGAGGGUAUUGGAGAAGAAAGGGAAUAAUGAAGCUGGAAGUCAAAAACUUGAAACCUAGCCAGAGCUGCUAGUAUAUUUCCUAUUUAGGGCAGGUUAGUGCCAGUCUAGGUCCUGGUAGUUAAAGUUUCCGGUUACAGACUAGAGGAUUGUGUUCUUAGAGGGUAGCUAGGCUGCUGCUGCUAGGACCUCACUGCUGUAAGCAUGCCAAUGUUUGCUAAUUUGUGUCACCGAGGAAAUGCUUUGUGGUGUAGAGAAUACUACACAUAAUAUAUGUAACUGACCAUUAUCUGUAGCAGUUGAAGGAAGUAGAUAAGUUUUUAGGAAAGAAUUGAGGGAGAGGGAGAGAGUUUAUUUUUUACUGUACCCAUUAAGUAAAAUCUCAGUCAGUUUUCUACCAAUUUUUAGGAAUUAAUUCAUCUGUUCAUUCACAUUUAUUGAGCACUUACUAAGUAAUUACUGAGCACUGGGAAUGUAACAGUGAUCAAGCCAUGAAUGAUUCAGAAUGUCUAUGUUAUAUAUUUGGCUUAUAACAUAUAUUCUUGUUUCUCUGGAGAAAAGUUAACUAAUAUUCAAAGAUCACAGAAUAUUAACACUGGAGGGGGGUCCUUAGACAUGGUAGUCUCAAAUUGCUAGCUAGAUGGAUGGAUGGGUGAGUGGAGGAUGGGUUGAUGUAGGCCAGGCCAACAGAUGGAUAAAAUAACAUGGUUCACCUGACUAUACGAUGGAUUCUCUAAGCUCAGUAACUAACAUGAAAAUUAAACAAACAAACACUGUAUACACAGGGUGAUGUGUGCUGUAAUAGAACUAUUAAGAAUAUAUAUCUAUAUAUACACAUACAAUCACAUGCAUAUAUUAGAUCUAUAAUAUAAAUAUAUUAGAACUAUAAGGAGACACAGAACAUAGUGAUUAGUUCUGCCUAUGGGCCAAACGUAAAAGGUGCUUCACAAAGGACUUUUGAGCUGGGCCUUAACCAGGUUGACAAAGUAUGGCACAUGCCAGGGUUAGAAAGUAGUUUGUGGCAGGACCAACCCUGGCAUGUCAGUGAAAUGGUAAGACAUCAGGCUCAAAAGGAACAUGGUUAGAGUCAUAAUGGUGGGAGUCCCUGAAUUCCAGAUUUGGACUUGGUCUUCCACUGCCUUUGGAACAAGAAACUGUUUUGGGACAGGAGAAUGGCAAUCAGAUUCAGCUCUCAGACAACUUGUGCAAGGAAAGGAUAUGAUAUACAAGAGCUAGAGGAGAAUGGAGGCAGGGAACUCAAUUACAAAGUUUUUAAUCAUCUGUCUUUGUAAAAAGAAUGUGACAGAAUCAAAAGACCAGAAGUACGGUAAGUAGUUAGUGAGACAGAUUUUUUUCUGGCUUUGAAUAGAUAGUCUUCAACAGGUUGGACAGAGUUCCUGGGUAGUGCAAAGGAUCAAUGUGCUUGGCUGCUAACAGAAAGGUUGGAAGUUCAACUCCCCCCAGAGGCACCUCAGAAGAAAAGCCUGGUGAUCUGCUUCCAAAAAGCCAGCCACUGAAAACCCUAUGGAUUGCAGUUCUACUCUGGCAUACAUGGGGUCACCAUGCAAGUGGGAUGGAAAUUGAAUUUUAUUUUGGACAUGAUGCAUUUGAGACACUUAUUAACAGGUAAAGCUGUAAAUAGUUGAAAACUUAGAUGGAACUUCCAGAGGAUGAUAAAGAGAAGCACUUGGUAGCCAUUAAUUGGUAUCUGAAGACAUGGAGGAGAAGUAUUAAAGGGGGAAGGACAAUAAAGCUGAAUAUAGAUUGAACAGCAUAAAAAGUUCUUUGAGAAAGAACAGAUAGAUGGAAGGGUAAGAGAUUGAAAGCCAAUCCAGGAGACAAUUUCAAAGAGGUAGGUCAGCUACAUCACAAACUGACAAGGUCUAAGAUUUGGGUACCAAGAAAAAGCCAUGAAAUGGGGCCAUAUUAGGAGGUUCCAGGUCCCAAGGAAGAGUGGUUACGUUUUCAGAAGUGACAAAGUCUAGAAGGGAGCCAGACUGCUGUGAGCUGAGUAUGAACAUGGUGCAAGGAGGUGGAGCAAUAAAUGAGGGUCGAAAUGCAUUUGGUGGUAAGGAAGAGUAAUGUGGUGGUGAGGAUGGUACCACAGGAGGAGACAGGGUCAAGAGCAGGAUUUUGGUUUUAUAUUUUAAAUGGGAAAACAUGGGUGGGCAUAGAAAAGACAGCCAGUGGAGAGGGUGAGUCAAAAGGUACAACAAAGGAAUAAUUGGCAAGACUGAAACUUUGAAACUCUGGAGAGCCUGAAGUCUCAAGAAGCUGUUCUGCCAAAGAUAUAAUUCCAAGACUUGAACCAAAGCAUUCUUUCAUAUUUUUAGAGGGUUACAAAAAUUAGUGGUGAAGCUAGGAAUGUUUUUCCCCACCCUAGUCCAUUACAAUAUGUAUGCUCUGUAUUUAUCCUGUCACGAGAGGAGUUCAGAUGCAAUGCUAGUGUAUUCUGAGGGUUGUCCCCUUAACUCUACCACUGAACACUGAGGGCCAGAAGCACCACAGGAGACUACACUUGGGUAAAGCAUGAACUCUUCCAAGAAGAACUUGAGAAAGCAGGACCCUGUAGAACAGAGGUUUGGGCAAACUUCUAAAUGCUAGCAUAGGAAAAAGUACAUGCAUGAAUCGCUGUAAAUAUGCCUGAAGAAAGAGGUAUGCGAAGGAUACCUGGGUAUUUAGAGAGCUCAGAACAAACUAGGCAGGCUAAAGCUUUUAUUAUAGUUUUCUCAAGCAACAGAAAAAGAAGGCUAAAUGGAGUUUGGGCACUAUCAAAAUUUAAUAUCAAAUGCAGCCAUAUUUACUUUUCCUAUUGCUACUCAUAUUUGAUGCCUUCUCACAGAAAUCCUAAAACAAUUCCAAAUUAUCCAUAUUUGCAAAAUCUCCUUGAGCCGGGUUUGUAAAAAACUGCAAGACACUAAAGAGGUAGCCUUAUUCCUUUUAAAAAUAAAACUAUGUCAGGACCAUGUGAAUUAAAUUACACAGCUUCAACACACCUGCCAGUUGCUUAAAAAAAAGGCAUGUCAAGCACUGGCUAAACACCUGUUGUUCAUAAAACU